AUGCAUCCCAUCAACCUCCAAAAAGGCUCCCCGCACCCCUCCCUCCUCCCCGCCACCCACCUCCGUUCAGCUGCCGCAACCGUCCUCUCCAACCCAAGCCUCUACAUCCCCGCCCUCGACUACGGCGACGAAGCAGGCCACCAUCCUCUCCGGACGAGCAUUGCCAAAUGGCUGACAGACUUCUACGCACCCGCGCGACCCAUCCCCACCGAGCGAAUCUGCAUCACGGGCGGCGCCUCCCAGAACCUCGCGUGCAUCCUGCAAGUCUUCACGGACCCGCGCCAUACGGUGGCGGUGUGGCUCCCCGAGCCGUCGUAUCACUUGGUCUUUGCCAUGUUCCGGAACGCAGGGCUGGGGAAUCGGCUGCGGGCUGUUCCGGAGGAUGAGGAGGGGUUGCUGGUUGAGUGGGUUGAGCGGGGGAUUGCAGAUGCGCGAUAUCGAGCAUGUAAUUCUAAGGCAUGUGGGGAUGGUGGGAAUGCCAGAAGCACAGGCGUAAGCCAGACGAGUCCUGGUAAGCAAUACAAGCAUCUCAUCUACUGCGUCCCGACCUACGCGAAUCCCUCCGGCGCAACUAUGUCCGUCCCCCGCCGCGAGGCGCUGGUUCGCUUGGCGCGACGACACGACGCGCUUCUUGUGUGCGACGACGUGUAUGACUUCCUCCCUGUCAUGGCCACAGAGCGCCCGCCUAUUCCGCGGCUUGUGGACGUUGAUCGUACACUGGAUGGUGGUGUUGGGGAUGAUGAGUUCGGCAAUGUGGUGAGCAACGGAUCGUUCAGCAAAAUCCUCGGCCCCGGCUGUCGGGUGGGUUGGGUGGAAGCAACCCCGAAGUUCGUAGAUGCGUUGGCGCAGUGUGGAUCCAACAUCUCCGGCAGUGCACCGUCACACCUGACCUCAACCUACAUCAACCAGAUGUUCGAAGAUGGAAGCCUUCACACCCACCUUAACGGAACUAUCCUGCCGGCCGUGUCAGCAAGGUACCGCCUUCUGGCGGAUGCAGUGCGGCACAAGCUGGCCUCCUUGGGCGUAAUCUUCCAGCCGGAUGAGGCGCGCGGGAUGGCAGCAGGUGGCUUUUUCUUGUGGCUUCAGCUGCCUGAUGGGGUGAGUAGUGAGAAUGUGGACCGCGAGGCGGCGAAGCAGGGGCUGGUGAUUGGGAAAGGGGGGUUGUUUGCUGUACCAGGACCGGAUCUGGGUGGCUCCCGGUUGCGAGUAGAUGGGUUUCUUAGGUUGUGCUUCAUGUGGGAGAAUGAGGAUCGGUUAGUGGAGGGGGUGGAGAGACUGGAGAUGGUUCUGAGGGGGCUGCUUGCUUCGACAUGA